UAUGGUCCUCCAAAAGAAAAAAAAAUGCAUCCUACUUUUGACAUGUUAUGAAAAAAUAUUUUUGAAUGUUAUUUACCGGGUCAAAAAUACCUUCGGGCAUACCCAAUGAAGUAUACUAAACAGCAAUGGUACACCCCAGCGGAGAUUGCAGUCCAUAACCAAGCGAGCGAUUGCUGGGUCAGCAUAAACGGGAAGGUGUAUGACCUGACGAAAUGGCUUGAGAAGCAGUUUAAAGUCUGCAAAUGCGUCAAGACUUGUUCCUGCCUCGCUAAGACGUGGUACUGCGAUAACUGCGUCGAAUAUUGUCCCUGUUUUAAACAGGGGUAUUUCUAUUGUGAUGGGAAAAGGCUAGCGAUGACCAUCCUAGCAUACGCCGGUAAAGACUUAAGCCACUGGUUCAAAGACGGCGAGUGGAGACGCUACACCCAUCCCAUUGUCGGCUCAUCAGUACCAUACCACGUUCAUGGCCAUGGUGUCCGCCAGCCUGUCGUCCCGUCCACCAGGUGGCGCCCCGUUGAGGAACCCUGGUGGUCCAGCGACAAAUACGUGGUGGGCAAAGCUACGGCUAAAACUAGGCCCAUCAGAAUAACGAAUACUUUGACAGGCUCUACAGUAACAUUAGAAGUAUGUUCAGAAGAAACCAUCUAUGAGAUCAUGAUGAGAUACCUACCACACAACAGCCACCUUAUGUCUUAUUCCUGGCGUUACAUGGGCAAGGGUCUCUGUCUCCACAAGACUUUAGACCAGAAUGGUAUUCCGGAUGAACGAGACCGGUUUAGUGACGUGGCGUUGGCUGAGAACAUGCAUAUUCCUGCCAUAUUGCUUUAUUACAAUGAUGACUUGACUGAAGAUCCACCGAAAAAUAUUUGUUACUGUAAAGAUCCUAAGUGUGUGAUGAAGAGACCUGAGAGAUGCUUUCCAACAUUUGAAAACAAAUGA